AUGUCAGCCACCGAACCAUCAUCUCUAACAACAACAAUAUUAGGAAUGGAAGGAGCCUCACUUGAUGAAGAGGAGAAAACAACAACACCUAUGGAAAAAACCGAAGAUGAAGAGUUUGUAGCAGAGGAUGUUCCGGAACAAUCAAGCUCUCCAAUAGUGGCUUCUUCAUUAGCGCCUGUGGUUCCUCCAUUGGACCUCAAUAGCUCUGAUAUGUUUAGAAAAGACAAGCUCAGAACACCAAGUAAAAGAGCAGUUCCUUUCUCAGUUCAAUCUCCAUCACAAGAAUUAUAUGCCAAGUACAUUCGUUUGGAACAAGACUUUAAAGAUCUUCAAAAAGCCUUUGAUCUUGUUUCAAACGAAAAAUCAGUCCUUGAAAAGGUUGUAAAACAGAAAGAGCAAUCCAUUGAAAAAACUCAACUUGAUCUUGAAAAUCUCCAAGAUGUUUUUGAAAAGAUUAAGGAACGAUCUCGUGCACAAGAAAUAGAAAUUAAAACCCUUCAAUCCGAGAAGAAAGUACUUGAGGAACAUAAUGCUAUCGCCUCUCUUCAAAGGCAAAAAACAACAGACACAAAGAGUAGAACCGUUGUUCAAGAAGACGCUCUCGAUCGUAUCCUGGGGCUAGAAAAUGAAAUCAAGCUUAAAAACGUAAAAAUCAGCUCAUUAGAAACUGAGAUUCGUACCUUAAAUGUAGCCAUUGAGAAGAAGGACAAAGCUAUUGAAACAAUCGAAAAGCAAAUGGCAACAUUACAGGGCAAGCACGACAAGGUAUAUGAAAUUGAAUGCAGAAAUGCAGAGUUACUUUUGAAGUUAGAAAAGGCUCAAAAGGAGAUUAAAACUCUGCAAGAAAUUACAAGAAUGAAAACAAGGAGCCUCGAAGAAUUGAAUAAUCAUGUAGAGACCCUCAAAAACACGUCCGAAGAGUUUGAAGAAUAUAAAAAGAAAAUUGCAGCUGUCACCAAGGAAAAUGAGCGAUUGAAACAAGAAAUUAGGGUAGCUGAGAGAUCCUUUGUUAAAAAGGAUAAAGAAAUUUCAAAGCUAGUCAUCGAAAAAGAUGUUGUUCCUGUCAAAACAUUAGAAGGAGACAAACGAUUCUUACACAGCGAGGUUAAAAAAUUGCAAGAGCAAAAAGCCAUUCUUGAGAAAACGAUUCAAGUACAAGAUAAGAAGAUUGAAUCUUUGAGACAAAGAUAUGAGUCUAUUGAACUAGCUUUGAAAGAAACUAAGGUUGAUAAAUUACUCAAAGACUGUAAACGCAAUCCAGAAAUUAUCAAAGAAAAGUUAGAGCAGAUCAAAGAAGAAUCUGACGAACAAAAGAAUGAGUUUGUCCCAGCUUCAGUUGUGGAUUUGAUCAUGAAAGACGUUGAUGAUUUGAGAAAACUGGCAACCGAACGAGAAAACAUAAUCUCUGAUAAAGAUGCUGUGAUUGAGUCACUGGAAAGAAAGAUUGAGGUUUUAGAUAGAUCAAAAGUUGCAGACCAAAAACUAUUGAAAAAGAAGAUUUCAACUCUGCAAGAUGAAAUUGCUGCUCUGAAAGAGAAUCUUGUGGCUAAUGAAUUAAACUUUAAAGAAAAGGAGAACAAUCUUAAGAGAGAGAAAUUCGCUCUUAAAAAGAGUCUCAACCAAACAGGUCGCCCAAAUACCGCAAGCGCCGUUCAACAAUAA